UAGAUGACCUCCUGAGGUCCCUUCCAACCCUGGUAUUCUAUGAUUCUAUGAAAACCCUCCCUCGAUUGCUUCUUAGACCAAAGGACAUGUUCUAGCCGGUAUUGUUUCCCUCCAAUCCAUAGUCAGAAGUCCCUAGCAAGGAAUUUUAAACCACUGGGAGGGAAUGAAACAGGAGGGAAAGUGGGGGAAGAGGGCAUGGAAAACAGGAUUUAAAUCCUCGUUAACAGAACCCUGUUAAAUUCCUGCCCAAACAAGAGGAUGUUAUCAAAGUUUUGAGGAAGGGAUGGCGAGUGCACUUCUGGUCAAAGUCUGGUAUUGCUCUUUGCUCUCUUCAUGUUCUUUUUCUCUGCCCAAAGAAACUGUCACAGCACGUAUUCCCCAUGGAAGGUUUUAUUGCCAAAACUAUCCUAGCCUGUCCCCCAUGAGCCUCUCUGAUUCACCCACAAUUUCCCCCUUCUUGAAAAACUUCUCCCUAUAUUUCCCCCCUCCCUCCCUCCCUCCACUUUGCACCUUCCAGUCUCCUGCUGAGCAGGGCUGGAUGGGAAUCAUUUUUGGACCUACCUCUUCUGACGUGAGCAACUGGGGUUGCUGAUGACCCGAGAGGCUUGGUGAUCCCAUAGCCAAGCUCCUCCUGUCACCAGAAUGUCCAGCUCCACAGUCGGGCUUCCGGUUAUUAUUGUUUUAUGAUUUUGCACUUUCAUUUCCUGGGUGGGGGUUGGUAACCCUGAUCCAGUUCCAACUUGGCUAAAUUCCUCCAGCAGUUUCAGUUGGCUACAGGAUUCCUCUUCACUUCCUAUCCUAAACUGUUGUGUAGCAUUGCCCGCAGCUAUGUCCUACCUCAGAGAUGGCUGCAUUUCAUUAGUGGGUGAAACAGUCCCUGUGUACAUUCCUUACCUACUGUUUAGUUGUAGGGGAUACUCUGAGACAGAGUCCCAUUAAUGUUUGUAAAGUGCUAGGAGAUCCUCAGAGGGAAGAUACUAGAGAAGGGCAAAUGUGUUAUUAUCCCAGUGGCAAUUCCUUUAGCCGGCUGAGAAUCGACAUCCCUGUGGGAGGCCGUGUCUCUGCUGCUGUUCUGGAUGUUUCAUGAGCCUCUCACUUUGGUAACCAGUCGAUAAAUGUCGGGUGUUUGUGCUUUGAGCGCUCUGCUCCUGAUGUUGAGGCUUCCAUGUGUUGUCAGGGACAGGGAACUCAAUGUAUCUGAGCUGUUGAUUCCUCUUGUACUGCAGGGAAGAUUGUCUGGAUGUGUGCUCUGUGGUUUGCAGGCAAAGCCAUCUGGCUGGCUGAAGCCGGUGGCCUUGGGGAAGCUCACAGGCAGAUACUUAGCCCACCAGGAGGGACUGCCGCGUCUGCCGGUGCCGCCCCUUCAGCAGACCCUGGAUCGCUACCUGUUGGCUCUGCAGCCCAUCAUCAGCGAGGAGGAAUGGACCCACACCAAGGGGCUGGUGGAUGAGUUCCGGAAAUCAGGCGGCGUUGGGGAAAGGCUGCAGAAGGGCCUGGAGAGGAGAGCCAGGAAAACUGAGAACUGGCUCUCUGACUGGUGGCUGAAGACGGCUUACCUUGAAUACCGCCUGCCGGUUGUGGUUCACUCCAGCCCUGGCGUGGUUUUACCUAAACAGGAUUUUCUGGAUCAGCAAGGCCAGCUCAGGUUUGCUGCCAAGCUGAUCGAGGGCAUCCUGGAUUUCAAGACCAUGAUUGACAAUGAGACCCUGCCAGUGGAAUACCUGGGUGGGAAACCUCUUUGCAUGAACCAGUACUACCAGAUCCUCUCGUCCUGUCGCAUCCCAGGCCCGAAGCACGACUCCGUUGUGAACUACGCCAAAGGAAAAAAGCCGCCCUCGCACAUCACUGUGGUUCACAACUUCCAGUUCUUUGAGCUGGAUGUUUACAGCAGCGAUGGGAGCCCCCUCACCACCGAUCAGAUCUUCAUCCAGCUGGAGAAGAUCUGGAACACCUCCCUCCAAACAAACAAGGAGCCAAUUGGGAUCCUCACCACCAACCACCGAAACAGCUGGGCCAAGGCCUACAACCACCUCAUCAAAGACAAAACCAACAAGGAGUCAGUGCGUUCAAUCGAGAAGAGCAUUUUCACCGUCUGCCUGGAUUCACCCAUUCCUCGGGUGUCUGACGACAUCUACAAGAGCCGUGUGGCAGCUCAGAUGCUGCACGGUGGAGGCAGUCGCUGGAACAGUGGGAACCGAUGGUUUGACAAAACCCUUCAGUUUAUCGUUGCUGAGGACGGCUCCUGUGGUCUGGUGUAUGAGCACGCUCCCUCGGAGGGCCCGCCCAUCGUUGCCCUUCUGGAUCACAUCGUGGAGUACACGAAGAAACCACAGCUGGUGAGAUCACCCAUGAUUCCUCUGCCAAUGCCCAAGAAGCUGCGGUUUAACAUCACCCCAGAAAUCAAGAAUGACAUAGAGAAGGCGAAGCAGAACCUCAACAUAAUGGUGCAAGAUCUGGACAUCAAGGUGAUGGUCUUUCACCAUUUUGGGAAAAACUUCCCCAAGUUGGAGAAGAUAAGUCCAGAUGCGUUUAUUCAGAUGGCCCUGCAGCUGGCUUAUUAUAGGAUGUAUGGCCAGGUCUGUGCUACAUAUGAGAGUGCCUCACUGAGGAUGUUCCGCCUGGGUCGGACAGACACCAUCCGCUCUGCCUCCGUGGACUCUCUGAAGUUUGUGCAGGCAAUGGACAACCCUAGCAAGCAGAACCAGGAGAAGGUGGAACUGCUGAGGAGAGCUACGCAGGCACACAGAGCUUACACAGAUAUGGCAAUAAAGGGGAAUGCAAUAGACCGUCAUCUGCUAGGCAUGAAGCUUCAAGCCAUUGAGGAUCUAGUGAGCAUGCCGGAACUGUUCAUGGAUACAGCCUAUGCCGUUGCCAUGCACUUCAACCUCUCAACCAGCCAGGUCCCAGCAAAGACAGAUUGUGUGAUGUGCUUUGGUCCAGUGGUUCCAGAUGGCUAUGGAGUCUGCUAUAACCCCAUGGAUGACCACAUCAACUUUGCAAUGUCGGCGUACAACAGCUGUGCUGAAACCAAUGCAGCCCGCCUGGCACAUUACCUGGAGAAGGCGCUACUGGACAUGCGUCUCCUGCUCCAAUCCACUCCCAAAUCAAAAUUGUAAGAAAUGAACCUGCUUCACAGCUCCUAAGCUUUAGGAGCUGUCCCAUGUGCACAAGAAGCUCCCAGCUCUCCAAAAACUGGGCAACAGGAGAUGGGCUCAUGGCACACAUCUCUCUGCAGAGAAGUUAAGGAGUGGUAAUCUCCAGCUAUCAGAUUACAAGGUGAAAGGAAGCAUUGCCUUAUUCCAAGCUAGAACUGAGAGAGAUCCUUUCCCACAAUGUGCAAAGUGCACCUUUCUUCCCUUGAAGGGAUACUGGAGCGACAUCUUUUUAUUGAAUUUACAGUGGAAAGAACAUAGAAAGCACAUUCUUCACCCCGUCCUUCACUCUUCAUCCACUAGGGGGAGUAUUCUCCUGGCUGAGUAGGUCUGAGGCCACUUGGAUCUUUCUGCUGGCUCAGGCUUUUGAGGGGUUGGGAAUAUCUCUUUUGGGCCAUGCUGUGCCUCCCAAAGUGGUGUCAUUAGUGCCAUUGAACUUUGGGGGGGGGAUAAAUGCCGUAAAUCGGAGGAAAUCCAGUACUGUUAGGAUGCAUUGUGCUGCUUUUCUAGAAGUGUUUUCCUAACAUAACCUUGCUAGGGGACUGGUCUUUGUGUGCUUUCCACAGCUAGGAAUGUUCCCUUCCCCAUCCUUCUAACACCUGGGUCUUCCCUUUUCCUGCACUUUCUCCACUAACUGUGAAACACCAUUGCUACAAUUGGACUCACUUCCCCUACUCUGGCCUUUUGUGUGUGUUUUAAGCAUAAAGUGAUGGAUUGCUGGUGGGUCUCCAUCUCAGAGCUUCAGGCUCUUCAAAUUGAGCCUCUUUGGCUUUCUUGUGUUGCUUCUACUAAACACAUGCAUUUUAAUUGAUUUUUUUUAAUUGUGCAGGCUCUGCUGGCCUUGACUUUAUGCACUUAAAUAUUCUGUAGUGGGGAGGGAUGAUAUAGACCUUGAUGUUGUUUGCAGAACCUGUCCUCUUCAUUCUGCCCCUUCUCUUUCAAAUGGGAAAAAAAGAUGGGAACCAUGUUGACCUUUGUUACUUUCAAACUGAAAUAUCAUGCACUGCUUUCUAUGCUGCAUUUAUUUUAGUCUAAGGAGAUGCUGCAUAAGUAACUUAAUGAGUCCUUCUAAUCAAGUUUCCAAAAAUGUCUCCAGACUGCAUAGGUGGUGAUGUAUGUUGGAAUUGAAGAAAAAAAGGCUGCAGAAUGACACUUCUCCCCUGCUGUAUGUUAUCUACUCCUACCAAGCUUGUGGUUCCUCUAAAAUAAGGGAGGUAGUGAAGAAAGCACAGGAGUCUACUCUAGGAUGUAUAGACUAGGUCUGUUCAUUGCCCCUAACAACCGCCUUUUCCAUAGGAAUCCGACAGCGCUUCUUCAGCAGAACCUGGUUUCUUCUUGCCUUAAUGUUAUUUAUACCCAUGGUGAUUUAUAAUUUCCCUCUUUCGUGGAAUAUAGUCACGUCUGUGUUGGUUUGAUUGAACCUUUAGAAAGGAAGGAAUUAUAUAUUUAUAAAUGUGCAAUUUAAAAAAUAUUGUGACACAAUAAGAAAGGAAUAUAAAACCGCCAAUAUCUUUCCUAGGGCAGCAGGUGAAACCAUAGACCUACUGCCAUUAGAGAAGAAGGUGCAUUGUUUGCCCCCACCGAUGCUAUUCUUGCAGUGGGAUAACGGUAGUUCUGCAAGCCCAGAUGUGUGGGUGCUGAUCCAAGGAAUAGCUUGAGUUUGUAGUCUGUUUUAUCACAUGAACACUUGUCCAUAUCACAAAGCCACCCAACCAGUAGGGUCAUUACUGCUCUUCUGGUGUUGGGCCUCGAGAGCAUUCCCAAUCAAGGUGCCUUGGUAGAGGGGUGUGACCAAUUUGAAGUACGUUCAUCCUACUAUUAUUGAAAACCUCUCUUUUAUGAGCACUUACUCACCCCAUCUCACUUUUUAAUUGAUGCAAACCUGCUCUCAGUUGUUUUAAAUUCAAAUUCCACCCCGCAACUAAAUAAUGAGGGGAAAGUUUUACUGAAACUCACCUUACAGCUAACGAUUGUACAAACCUCCAUUAAAAAAUUUUAAGUUUAAAAAAUAUUAUAAAUGGAAUGAGAUGGUUAGAAAGCAACGGGAGCAUGUAACGCAAAGCUCUGAGCACAAACACACCUGCUCUAGCUAUCUAAUUCUUCCAUAAUGAACGAGACUGACGGUUACAAGAGGCCACCCAAAAUCUUAAUCUGUAUUAAUAUUUAUUAUAUGUAAUGAGUACUUACAUAACCAUUUAAGAGACUGCAAUCUUCUGGAAUGAAUUGGAAUGGGUAAGGUCUUGCUGGGAUUAAAAAAACCACUACUUUUUAUGGAGACUUUUAUUCUGGAAGAGAUUCCUUUAGUCAGAGACAAAGUAAACUUUUUUUUCCUCCCUGUAUGUAAUGAGUCAAUAUAGUGCCUGCUGAUAACUGUGGUCUGUGGCCAGGGGGCCAAAGACCAAGUGCCUUCAACCACGAUAUCGCUACAUAUUGGCAUGUCUUAUUAUUACAAGGCUAAUUUCAGAAACUAAGAACUCUCUCUUCCCCCCCCUUCAAUAAGAGAGAAGUAAUCUCUCAAAGGCAAGUGCCCACUGAAAAGGAUGAGAUGGAAGUGCACUCUGCUAUUAAUGGAAAACAUAGGGGAUGGGUCUGAUUUUAUCUUAAGUCAGAUAUAAAGCUGGAGAUCCCAUUGGGUUACAGUGGCAUUUCUCCAGCUGUGGCGCUGAGGUCUUUAUGUGCCAUGCAUAGGGAAACACAAAAGAUUCUGAUCCGGCUUGUGCAUUCUCUCUUCAGGAUUAACAGGGGAGCUGCUUUAUUACAUUACAACUGUUUACAGGGUUUUCUCUUUUAAAAAAGUGUUUUUUCUCUUGCUGUUGCCAAUUUCAAGCUGUGGUGAUGUCCCUCUGACUCAUCACUUCUUGACUUAUUUUUCAGUGACCAGUUAUUUUGAGUGCCGGGUUUGUUUGUUUGCCCUUUAUUAGCUGGUCACUUGCCCAAGAAGUGUCCAUGAGCUUAAAGGCUAUGUAAAAUUUAUGAAGAAACUACUGAUUUACUGAAUAAUUAGGGAAAUAUGUAGAUUUAUAAUAGAUUCAUAGAUUCUAGGACUGGAAGGAACCUCGAGAGGUCAUCGAGUCCAGUCCCCUGCCCG